AUGACUACCAGCGGUCACUACGGCCCCGACCCCAGUAAUCACCCGGACCAAAAAGAAUUGUCCAAUAUCAUACGCAAUCUAAAGGCCAGCCGUGACAGCGCCGCCUUUGUCCUGGGUACCGAUGGCGUCCUCCGAAGCCUAACAGGGGAUUACGACGUGAUAGACGCGAUCGGUCUUCCACCUCGACUGAUCAAAGCCUUUCUCGAUCGGGAUGUAUUUGAUCAGGAAAUAGAAGACAUGUUUCGCGGAUCGGAUGGAACGAAAGUGCCCCAGGAACAGUGGUGGAAGCCAGAUCCAUCGUUAUUACCGCCACCCCUGACGGAGGAGGAGAAAGCGCGGAUUGACAAGGACAAGGAGGAGAACAAGGACAUCAUUGAGGAGAAUAUUAGGAAAAUGGAAAGUGGCGAGCUGAAGCCAUGUGGGGUGGUUGUUCGGUCGGAUCAUGAUAUCAGUCCUAGGUAG